UUUACGCCUAUUGUAUCCCAUCAAUCAAUAACCAACUUAACAGCCCAAUAGCUCCGUUCCUUAAACCCUUUAAUCAACCCCACAAAACCCUAAUUUCCCCUCGCCGGAAAAUGAUCUCACUGUGGCGCCGCGCCGCCGGCGAUGCUCUAAAACGAGUCGCACACACAUCAAGAUCCUACCAUACUAUCGAAGCCAUCCCACGAGAAUUCACUGGAAAAAGAUUAGCUGUUAAAGAGAGAGCUCAAGGUCGAAUCCCAGCUGUCGUUUUAGCCUUAGACGACGCCGUUGGCAAUGCACUUUCGAGAAAGCACUUGAUUACUACUGAGAAAGAUCAGAUUCAAUCGGUGAUCGAUACUGUACAGCUCCCUUUCUUUUGCUCCACUACUUUUUCGCUUCAGAUUCGGGCCGGGUCGGGUUCUUCUACUGUACUUGAAUCCGGAAAUGUGCUUCCUAUCAAGGUUCACAGGGAUGCUGAAACUGGAAAGGUUCUCAAUUUGGUUUUUGUUUGGUUAGACGAAGGUUCGAAAUUGAAGGUCGAUGUGCCUAUUGUCUUUAACGGCGAAGACUCUUGUAUCGGGGUCGAAAAAGGAGGUAGUUUAAACAAGAUACGACAUAGUCUAAAAUAUCUAUGCCCUUCUGAGCACAUUCCUUCUAAAAUUGAAGUGGACGUAAGCAGUCUUGAUAUUGGAGAUUCUGUGUCCAUGCAUGAUGCUAAGGUUCAUCCAUCACUAAAGCUUCUAAGCAAAAAUGAGGCCAUGCCUGUGUGCAAAGUCAUGGAACCACUAUCAGAAUUCUAUCAAACUGCAACGGAGGAAGUGUAACCUAUUGCAAUUAAAUUCCUAUAUUAGCAAGAUGCUAAUUUAUUUUAGUAGGUUAUGUAAGAAUGUUUGUAUGUCCACUUAUGUAAUAAUAUGUUCAUUUGUUCUUCUGGAAUUUUUGAAUAUGUUGUGGCAUAAUCUAAGAUUUUAGUUUGACAAGAGAACGUACGAGAUGUUUUUUAUUCCC